AGAGAGAGAGAGAGAGAGAGAGAGAGUACAGAGAUGGGUCUCCUUUCGAAUAAGGUAGAGAGAAGCCAGAUCAAAGCAGGCGAUCACAUCUACACCUGGAGAGCCAUUUACACUUAUUCUCACCACGGCAUAUAUGUUGGAGGGAGCAAAGUGGUUCAUUUUACACGGGAACGAGAUACAAGUUCAAGUAUGGUAACCUCCCCCAGCUCUAGCUUAAAUUCAAAGCUUCCAUCAGUCUGUCCAACCUUUCCUGACUGUGGAUUCAGCCAACCCAACAGUGGGGUUGUCCUCACUUGCCUGGACUGCUUUCUUGGAAAUGGGCAUCUGUACUGCUUCGAGUAUGGAGUUACGCCUUCUGCUUUCCUUGCCAAGGUCCGGGGUGGGACAUGUACCACAGCGACAUCUGAUACCCAAGAAACAGUAAUCCACAGGGCAAUGUAUCUGCUUCAAAAUGGGUUUGGGAACUAUGAUGUGUUCCAAAACAACUGUGAGGAUUUUGCACUGUACUGCAAGACUGGACUUCUGGUCCAUGAUAGUGAGUCAGCUGUGGGUAGAAGUGGUCAAGCUUCUUCUUUCAUUGGCGCCCCUUUGGCGGCACUUCUUUCAUCUCCUCUGAAAUUGUUAAUGCCUGGACCUGUUGGGGUUGCAACUGCAGCAGCUGGGAUGUAUUGUGCAAGCAGGUAUGCUACAGAUAUAGGUGUUAGAACUGAUGUAGUCAAGGUGGCAGUGGAGGACAUGGCCGUGAAACUUGUUUGGCAUGACCCUGAUUCGCAACUGUCAACUGAGGAAUCUUCUAUCAUAGAUCCCACAGAAUCAACAAAAGACCUUGUCACUCUGAAUUAACAAAA